CGCCGAGGACGCCGGGCUCGCGGGCACGCGCCCGGGCCGCUCACCCGUCCCUGCCCGUGGUUGCCUUGGCGACGCGUGCAGGCGCGGGCGGGAGCGGGCCUUUCGGGGCAACUUCCCAGACGGAGCGGCCGGUCCGUCGGCCUAGGGAGGACGGGGUCGGCGUAGUGAGGUGUUGCCCACGCCAUGUCCAGCAAAGAAGGGAAGCAGAGACUGAGUGGCCAGGGAAGCGCCAGCCGUGGUGCCCGCCAAAGAGCCUCCGAGGCCACCCUGGCCUCGAAGCCUGGGGACCCCGCCCUGCCUCCCCAGCCGGAGUCCGAUUCCUUCAAGGAGGAGCUUGAGCCAACAUCGGAGGAGCCCGAGGCACAGAAAGAAUUGCCGGAGCCUGAGGCGGAUGUGAAGCCCCUUUUCCUGUCCCGAGCCGUGCUGACAGGACUGGCGGGUGCGGAAUGGACAGCGGAGCACGAUGCCGUCCUGGAACACUUUGCCCGGGACCCUUCGGAACCCAUCGUCACCAUCUUCAUCGACCCCUGUGUGGGGCUGACGCUGGAGCUGGGCAUGCCCGUACAGACGCAGAACCAGAUUGUCUACUUCAUACGCCAAGCGCCGGUUCCCAUCACUCCAGAGAACUUCGAGGCCACCGUGCAGUUUGGGACGGUGCGUGGUUCCUACAUCCCGGCCCUGCUUCGGCUGCUCAGUGGCGUCUUUGCCCCUCAGAUCUUUGCAAAUGCAACCUGGCCUGAGAGUAUUCGAAAUCAUUUUGCUUCUCAUUUGCACAGAUUCUUGGCCUGCCUGACAGACACUCGGUACAAACUGGAGGGGCACACGGUUCUCUACAUUCCCGCAGAGGCCAUGAACAUGGAGCCUGAGGUGGUAGUUAAGGACAAGGAGCUGGUGCAGCGGCUGGAGACCUCCAUGAUCCACUGGACCCGGCAGAUAAAGGAGGUGCUCAGUGCCCAGGAGUCUGUGGAGAUAGGAGAAAAUUUAGGUCCUUUGGAGGAGGUUGAGUUCUGGCGCAAUCGGUGCAUGGACCUGUCUGGCAUCAGUAAACAGCUGGUGAAGGAGGGAGUGAAGCACAUUGGGUCCAUCCUGCACCUUGCCAAGUCGUCCUACUUGGCACCCUUCAUGAAACUGGCCCAGCAGAUCCAGGAUGGCUUCCAACAAGCCCAGUCAAACCUGACGUUUCUGUCGAUCCUGAAGGAGCCCUACCAGGAGCUGGCCUACAUGCAGCCUAAGGACAUCUCCAGUAAGCUCCCCAAGUUGAUCAGCCUCAUCCGCAUCAUCUGGGUCAACUCUCCCCACUACAACACUCGGGAGAGACUGACCUCCCUCUUCCGAAAGAUGAGCAAUGAGAUCAUCCGCCUGUGCUGUCACGCCAUCUCCCUGGACCGUAUCUUCGAGGGCUACGUCACUUCCAGCAAGGAGGACCUCCAGGGCUGCAUCUCGUGCUGCCAGGCCUGGAAAGACCACUACCUACAGGCUGUGCAGACGCACACCCAGUUCUCGAACCGGGGCUGGGUCCUGGACCAGACCAGCAUAUUCGCUCAGGUGGAUGCCUUUGUGCAGCGCUGCAAGGACCUCAUUGAGGUCUGUGACUGCCAGUAUCAUUUUGCCCGCUGGGAAGACGGCAAGCAGGGUCCCCUUCCCUGCUUCUUUGGGGCCCAGGGUCCCCAGAUCACACGGAACCUGCUGGAGAUCGAGGACAUCUUUCACAAAAACCUCCAUAUGCUGCGGGCUGUCCGCGGGGGCAUCCUGGAUGUCAAGAACACGUCCUGGCACGAAGACUACAACAGGUUUCGUUCUGGAGUCAAGGACCUGGAGGUGAUGACUCAGAACCUGAUCACCUCCGCCUUCGAGUUAGUCCGAGAUGUGGAGCAGGGAGUGUUACUGCUGGACACCUUCCACCGGCUCGCGUCGCGGGAGGCCAUCAAGCGCACCUACGACAAGAAGGCGGUGGACCUGUACAUGCUGUUCAAUGGUGAGCUGGCCCUCGUGAACCGGGAGCUGAACAAGAAAUGGCCGUACCUGGAGCCCUACGUGGCCCAGUUCUCUGGACAGGCGCACUGGAUGCGGAUCCUGCGGCGGCGCAUCGACAGAGUCAUGAACUGUCUCUCCAGUGCCCACUUCCUGCCCCACAUCGGGACCGGAGAGGAGAGUGUGCACGCCUACCAGCAGAUGGUCCAGGCCAUCGAUGAAUUGGUUCGAAAGACUUUCCAAGACUGGACGUCAACGUUGGACAAGGACUGUAUACGGCGGCUGGACACACCGCUGUUACGGGUCAGCCAGGAGAAGGCGGGCAUGCUGGAUGUCAACUUUGACAAGUCCCUGCUGAUUCUCUUUGUGGAAAUCGACUACUGGGAAAGGCUGCUCUUUGAGACCCCCCAUUACGUGGUGAAUGUCGCUGAGCGAGCAGAGGACCUGCGCAUUCUUCGGGAAAACCUGCUCCUGGUGGCUCGAGACUACAAUCGGAUCAUCGCCGUGCUGUCCCCAGAUGAGCAGGCCCUCUUCAAAGAACGUAUCCGAUUUCUGGAUAAGAAGAUCCGCCCUGGACUCAAGAAACUGCAUUGGGCCUUGAAGGGGGCCAGCGCCUUCUUCAUCACGGAGUGCCGUAUCCACGCCAGCAAGGUGCAGACCAUCGUGAAUGACUUCAAGGCCUCCACUCUGACCAUCGGCUGGCGAGCCCAAGAAAUAUCUGAGAUGCUGCUCGUGCGCAUCAGCGGCAAACGGGUGUACAGGGACCUGGAGUUCGAGGAGGACCAGAGGGAGCACCGGGUGGCCGUGCAGCAGAAACUGAUGGGCCUGUACCAGGACGUGGUGGCCAUCAUGACCAACUCCUACGAAGUCUUCAAGAACGACGGCCCUGAGAUCCAGCAGCAAUGGAUACUGUACACGAUUCGCUUGGACCGCAUGAUGGAGGAUGCCCUGCGCCUCAACGUGAAGUGGUCGCUGUUGGAACUGUCCAAGGCCAUCAACGGGGAUGGAAAGGCCAUGCCGAACCCGCUCUUCCGAGUGCUGGUCAUCCUCCAGAACGACCUACAGGGAGGUGUGGCGCAGGUGGAAUUCUCACCCUCUCUGCAGACCCUGGCGGGCGUGGUCAACGACAUUGGCAGCCACCUCUUCUCCACCAUCUCGGUCUUCCGCCACCUCCCUGAAAUUCUCGUCAGGCGCAAGUUUCAGCGCGACCCCAUCCACGUCAUCGUGGAGCGAGACGAGGACAUCAGGAAGAUCCAGGCCCAGAUAAGCGGCGGCAUGGCCAGCAACGCGAGCCUGCUGCAGACCUACCUCAAGACCUGGGACUUGUACCGGGAGAUCUGGGAGAUCAACAAGGACUCUUUCAUCCGCCGCUACCAGCGCCUCAACCCCCCCGUGUCUUCCUUUGAUGCCGACAUCGCCCGCUACGCCGAGGUGGCUAACAACGUGCAGAAGGAGGAGACGGUCCUCAACAUCCAGUUUGUGCUGCUGGACUGCUCACAUCUCAAGUUCUCGCUGGUGCAGCACUGCAACGAGUGGCAGGGCAAGUUCACGGCCCUGCUCAAGGAGAUGGCGGCCCGGCACCUCCUGGAGCUUCACACCUACCUGAGGGAGAACACGGAGAAAAUCAGCCACCCUCCCCAGACGCUGGAGGAACUGGGAGUCAGUCUGCAACUCCUGGAGACCCUGCAGCAUGACCUGCCCGGCAUGGAGGCCCAGAUCCCCCCCAUCCACGAGCAGUUUGCCAUCCUCGAGAAGUACGAGGUGCCCGUCCAGGACAGCGUCCUGGAGAUGCUGGACAGCCUCAACGGGGAGUGGGUCAUCUUCCAACAAACGCUGCUGGACAGUGAGCAGAUGCUAAAGAGACACAAGGAGAAGUUCAAAACGGGCCUCAUCCACUCGGCUGAUGAUUUCAAGAAGAAAGCCCACAAUCUUCUGGAAGACUUUGAAUCCAAAGGCCCCUUCACCAGUAAUGUGGGGCACCAGUCCGCCCUAGAGCAGAUUGCCCAAAUGCGGGCCACGCUGAAUGCCAUGCGGGACGAAGAACAGAGUCUCCGCUCCAACCUGGGCAUCUUCAAGAUCGAACAGCCAGUCUCCAAGGACCUGCAGAACCUGGAGAAGGAACUAGACGCCCUGCAGCAAGUCUGGGAGAUCACGCGGGACUGGGAAGAGAACUGGAACCAGUGGAAGAUGGGCCGGUUCCUGACCCUGAAGACAGAGGCCAUGGAGACCACGGCUCACGGGCUGUUCCGCCGUCUCACCAGACUAGCCAAAGAGUACAAGGACCGCAACUGGGAAGUGAUCGAAACCACUCGCUGGAAAAUAGAGCAGUUCAAGAGGACCAUGCCGCUCAUCUCGGACCUGCGAAACCCGGCCCUUAGAGAGAGGCACUGGGACCAGGUCAGGGAAGAGGUCCAGAGGGAGUUCGAUCAGGAAUCUGAGAGCUUCACCCUGGAGCAGAUUGUGGAGCUCGGGAUGGACCAGCACGUGGAGAAACUUGGGGAGAUCUCCGCCUCGGCGACCAAAGAGCUGGCUAUAGAGUCGGCCUUAGAGAACAUCGCCAAGACCUGGGAUGGGAUUCAGCUAGACAUAGCUCCCUACAAGGACAAGGGUCAUCACCGGCUCAGAGGCACGGAGGAGGUGUUCCAGGCACUGGAGGACAACCAGGUGGCCCUGUCCAGCAUGAAGGCUUCCCGUUUCGUCAAGGCCUUUGAGAGGGAAGUGGACCACUGGGAGCGCUGCCUCUCCCUCAUUUUGGAGGCCGUCGAGAUGGUGCUCAUGGUGCAGAGGCAGUGGAUGUACCUGGAGAAUAUCUUCCUGGGAGAGGACAUCCGUAAGCAGCUGCCCAGUGAAUCAGCCCUGUUUGACCAGAUCAACAGCACCUGGAAAUCCGUCAUGGACCGCAUGAACAAGGACAGCAAUGCUCUCCGGGCCACCCACCACCCAGGCCUCCUGGACACGCUGAUCAAAAUGAACACGAUUCUGGAAGACAUUCAGAAGUCUCUGGAUAUGUAUCUGGAGACCAAGCGCCAUAUUUUCCCCCGCUUCUACUUCCUGUCCAACGAUGACCUCCUGGAGAUUCUGGGCCAGUCCCGCAACCCGGAGGCCGUGCAGCCACACCUCAAAAAAUGCUUUGACAACAUCAAAUUGCUGAGAAUGCAGAAGGUUGGGGGCCCCAGCAGCAGAUGGGAGGCUGUGGGGAUGUUCUCGGGUGACGGCGAGUAUGUGGACUUCCUGCACUCAGUACUCUUAGAAGGGCCCGUGGAGUCCUGGCUUGGCGACGUGGAGCGGACCAUGAGGGUGACCCUGCGGGACCUUCUCCGGAACUGCCGUGUGGCCCUCAAGAAGUUUCUCAACAAGAGGGACAAGUGGGUGAAGGAGUGGGCUGGCCAGAUGGUGAUCACUGCCAGUCAGAUCCAGUGGACGGCUGAUGUCACCAAGUGCUUGCUGACGGCCAAGGAGCGGGGAGACAAGAAGAUCCUCAAGGUCAUGAAGAAGAAGCAGGUGUCAGUGCUGAAUAAGUAUUCAGAGGCCAUCCGGGGGAACUUGACCAAAAUCACGCGGCUCAAGAUCAUGGCCCUGGUGACGAUAGAAAUUCAUGCCCGGGAUGUGCUGGAGAAGCUUUAUAAGAGCGGCCUCACGGACAUCAGCUCCUUCGACUGGCUCAGCCAGCUGCGCUUCUACUGGGAGAAGGACCUCGACGACUGUGUGAUCCGCCAGACCAACACGCAAUUCCAGUAUGGCUACGAGUACUUGGGGAACUCCGGCCGGCUUGUCAUCACCCCCCUGACAGACAGGUGUUACAUGACGCUGACCACGGCGCUGCACCUGCAUCGGGGGGGCUCCCCCAAAGGUCCGGCGGGCACGGGGAAAACCGAGACUGUCAAGGAUCUGGGCAAGGCCCUCGGCACAUACGUCAUUGUGGUCAACUGCUCCGAGGGCCUGGACUAUAAGUCCAUGGGCAGGAUGUACUCGGGCCUGGCCCAGACCGGCGCCUGGGGCUGCUUUGAUGAGUUUAACCGAAUCAACGUGGAGGUGCUGUCGGUGGUGGCCCAGCAGAUCCUGUCCAUCCUGUCGGCCCUGGCCGCCAGCCUCCUCCGCUUCUACUUUGAAGGCUUUGAAAUAAACCUGGUGUGGUCCUGUGGGAUCUUCAUCACCAUGAAUCCCGGCUACGCCGGGCGCACAGAACUGCCUGAUAACCUUAAAUCCAUGUUCCGCCCGAUCGCCAUGGUGGUGCCGGACUCUACUCUCAUCGCGGAGAUCAUUCUCUUCGGGGAGGGCUUCGGCAACUGCAAGAUCCUGGCCAAGAAGGUAUACACGCUGUACUCGCUGGCCGUGCAGCAGCUGUCCAGACAGGACCAUUACGACUUUGGCCUGCGCGCGCUCACCUCCCUCCUGCGCUAUGCCGGCAAGAAGCGCCGUCUGCAGCCCGACCUGUCUGAUGAAGAGGUUUUGCUGCUCUCCAUGCGAGACAUGAACAUCGCCAAGCUGACCUCGGCCGAUGCGCCGCUCUUCAACGCCAUUGUGCAAGACCUGUUCCCCAGCACGGAGCUGCCCGUCAUUGACUACGGCAAGCUGCGGGAGACCAUCGAGCAGGAGACCCGCGAUAUGGGCCUGCAGGCCACGCCGUUCACGCUCACCAAGGUGAUCCAGCUGUACGAGACCAAGAACUCCCGCCACUCGGCCAUGAUCGUGGGUGGCACAGGCAGCGGCAAGACGGCCUCGUGGCGGAUCCUACAGUCCUCCCUGUCCUCCCUGUGCCGCGCCGGGGACCCCAACUUCAAUAUCGUUCGGGAGUUCCCCCUGAACCCUAAGGCCUUGUCCUUGGGGGAGCUGUAUGGGGAGUACGACCUCAACACUAACGAGUGGACAGACGGCAUCUUGUCCAGUGUCAUGCGGGCGGCGUGUGCAGACGAGAAGCCCGAUGAGAAGUGGGUCCUUUUCGACGGCCCCGUGGACACGCUGUGGAUCGAGAGCAUGAACUCUGUCAUGGACGAUAACAAAGUCCUGACCCUCAUCAAUGGGGAGCGUAUCGCGAUGCCCGAACAGGUGUCACUGCUGUUCGAGGUGGAGAACUUGGCCGUGGCCUCUCCCGCCACCGUGUCUCGCUGUGGGAUGGUCUACACUGACUACGCUGACCUGGGCUGGAAGCCGUACGUUCAGUCCUGGCUGGAGAGGAGACCGAAGGCUGAGGCCGAGCCCCUUGAGCGCAUGUUCGAGAAGUUCAUCGACAAGAUGCUGACCUUCAAGAAGGAUUAUUGCAACGAGCUGGUGCCCCUCCCGGAAUACAGUGGGAUCAUCUCCCUCUGCAAGCUGUACUCGGCCCUGGCCACGCCAGAGAAUGGGGUGAACCCAGCCGACGGCGAAAACUACGUGACCAUGGUAGAGCUGACCUUCGUGUUCAGCAUGAUCUGGUCCGUGUGCGCCUCCGUGGACGAGGAGGGACGUGAGAAGAUCGACAGUUACCUCCGAGAGAUUGAGGGCUCCUUUCCCAAUAAGGACACGGUGUACGAGUACUUUGUGGACCCCAAGAUGCGAAGCUGGACGUCGUUUGAGGAAAAGCUCCCUAAGACUUGGCGUUACCCCCCAAAUUCCCCCUUCUACAAGAUCAUGGUGCCCACGGUCGACACUGUUCGCUACAACUACCUGGUGAGCGCCUUGGUGGCCAACCAGAAUCCCACCCUGCUGGUGGGUCCCGUGGGGACCGGAAAGACGUCCAUCGCCCAGAGCGUCCUGCAGUCCUUGCCUUCCAGCCAGUGGUCUGUGCUCACCGUCAACAUGUCUGCACAGACCACGUCCAAUAACGUGCAGAGCAUCAUCGAGAGCAGGGUGGAGAAGCGAACCAAGGGGGUCUAUGUGCCGCUUGGGGGCAAAAGCAUGGUCACCUUUAUGGAUGACCUAAACAUGCCGGCGAAGGACGCGUUUGGGUCCCAGCCCCCCCUGGAGCUGAUCCGUCUCUGGCUUGACUACGGCUUCUGGUACGAUCGCACGAAGCAGACCAUCAAGUACAUCCGAGACAUGUUCCUGAUGGCUGCCAUGGGCCCUCCCGGGGGCGGACGGACCAUCAUCUCCCCCAGACUGCAAAGCCGCUUCAACGUCAUCAACAUGACCUUCCCCACAGAGUCCCAGAUCAUCCGGAUAUUCGGCACCAUGAUCAAUCAGAAGCUUCAGGACUUCGAGGAAGAGGUGAAGCCCAUUGGCAUCGUGGUGACCGAGGCCACGCUGGACAUGUACAACACGGUGGUACAGCGCUUCCUGCCCACGCCCGCCAAGAUCCACUACCUCUUCAACCUGCGGGACAUCUCCAAGGUGUUCCAGGGCAUGCUUCGGGCCAACAAGGACUUUCACGACACCAAGUCCAGCAUCACACGGCUCUGGAUCCAUGAGUGUUUCAGAGUCUUCUCUGACCGGCUGGUGGAUGCUGCAGACCUGGAGGCCUUCGUGGGCAUCAUCAGCGACAAACUUGGCUCCUUCUUUGACCUCACGUUGCAUAAUCUUUGUCCCAACAAACGUCCUCCCGUCUUUGGGGACUUCAUGCGGGAGCCCAAGGUGUACGAGGACCUGACAGACCUGGCUGCGCUGAAGGCGGCCAUGGAGACGGCCCUCAGGGAGUACAACCUGUCCCCCGCCGUCGUCCCCAUGCAGCUGGUACUCUUCCGGGAGGCUAUCGAACACGUCACACGGAUCGUGCGGGUCAUCGGACAGCCUCGGGGCAACAUGCUGUUGGUGGGCAUUGGGGGCAGCGGGCGCCAGAGUCUGGCCCGCUUGGCCUCUUGCAUCUGUGAGUACGCCACCUUCCAGAUCGAGGUCAGCAAACAUUACCGAAGGCAGGAGUUCCGAGAAGAUAUCAAGCGUCUAUACCGCCAGGCGGGGGUAGAGCUCAAGCCCACGUCCUUCCUCUUCGUGGACACCCAGAUUGCGGAUGAGUCGUUCCUGGAGGACAUCAACAACAUCCUGAGCUCGGGCGAGGUCCCCAAUCUCUACAAGACUGAUGAAUUUGAAGAGAUCCAGACGCUCAUCUCGGAGCAGGCCAAGGCCGAGCAGGUGCCCCAGUCCUCCGACAGCCUCUUCGCCUACCUCAUUGAGCGCGUGCGCGACAACCUGCACAUUGUUCUCUGCCUCAGCCCCGUGGGCAACUCCUUCAGGAACUGGAUCCGCCAGUACCCGGCCCUGGUGAACUGCACCACCAUCAACUGGUUCUCCGAGUGGCCCCACGAGGCCCUGCUGGAGGUGGCCGAGAAGUACCUCCAAGGAGUGGACCUGGGCACAGAGGAGAAUAUCCACAGGAAGGUGGCCAAGAUCUUUGUCACCAUGCACUGGUCCGUGGGGCGGUACUCCCAGAAGAUGUUGCUGGAGCUGCGGAGAUACAACUACGUCACACCCACCAACUACCUGGAGCUCGUGUCGGGAUAUAAGAAGUUGCUGGGAGAGAAGCGGCAGGAGCUGCUGGGCCAGGCCAACAAGCUGCGGAUGGGAUUGUUUAAGAUCGACGAGACCAGGGAGAAGGUGGAGGUGAUGUCCCUGGAGCUGGAGGAGGCCAAGAAGAAGGUGGCCGAGUUCCAGAAGCAGUGCGAGGAGUACCUGGUCAUCAUUGUGCAGCAGAAGCGGGAAGCAGAUGAGCAGCAGAAGGCCGUGACAGCCAAUAGUGAGAAGAUCGCAAUCGAGGAAGUCAAGUGCCAGGCACUGGCCGACAAUGCCCAGAAGGAUCUAGAAGAGGCGUUGCCAGCCCUGGAAGAAGCCAUGCGGGCUCUGGAGUCUCUGAACAAGAAGGACAUAGGAGAGAUCAAGUCUUACGGACGGCCCCCCGCCCAAGUGGAGAUGGUCAUGCAGGCAGUCAUGAUUCUUCGAGGCAACGAGCCCACCUGGGCGGAGGCCAAGAGGCAGCUAGGGGAGCAGAACUUCAUCAAGUCACUGAUCCACUUUGAUAAAGACAAUAUCUCAGACAAGGUUCUGAAGAAGAUCGGGGCCUACUGCGCCCAGCCCGACUUCCAGCCCGACAUCAUCGGCCGGGUCUCGCUGGCGGCCAAGUCCCUGUGCAUGUGGGUGCGGGCCAUGGAGCUGUACGGGCGGCUGUACCGCGUGGUGGAGCCCAAGCGGGUCAGGAUGAACGUGGCCUUGGCCCAGCUUCAGGAGAAGCAAGCCGCGCUGGCUGAGGCCCAGGAGAAGCUGUGGGAGGUGGCCGAGAAGCUAGAGAUGCUGAAGAAGCAGUACGACGAGAAGCUGGCCCAGAAGGAGGAGCUCCGCAAGAAGUCCGAGGACAUGGAAACGAAGCUGGAGCGAGCGGGCUUGCUGGUGUCAGGGCUGGCCAGCGAGAAGGCGCGCUGGGAGGAGACGGUCAAGGGCCUGGAGGAGGAUCUGGGCUACCUGGUAGGUGACUGUCUCCUGGCUGCCGCCUUCCUGUCCUACAUGGGCCCCUUCCUGACCAACUACCGGGAUGAGAUCGUCACCCAGAUAUGGAUCAGGAAGAUCUGGGAGCUGGAGGUGCCGUGCUCACCGCGCUUCACCUUCGAUAACUUCCUGUCCAAUCCUACCAAAGUUCGAGACUGGAACAUCCAAGGGUUGCCCUCGGAUGCCUUUUCCACAGAGAAUGGCAUCAUCGUCACCCGAGGCAACAGGUGGGCACUGAUGAUUGACCCUCAGGCCCAGGCCCUGAAGUGGAUCAAGAACAUGGAAGGAAACCAGGGCCUCCAGAUUAUCGACCUGCAGAUGAGCAAUUACCUUCAAAUUCUAGAAAAGGCCAUCCAGUUUGGAUACCCAGUGCUGCUCCAGAACGUUCAGGAGUAUCUGGACCCCACACUUAACCCUGUGCUCAACAAAUCUGUAGCUCGAAUCGGCGGCCGGCUGCUGAUGCGCAUUGCAGACAAGGAGGUGGAGUACAACAGCAACUUCCGUUUCUACAUCACCACCAAGCUCUCCAACCCCCACUACAGCCCUGAGACCUCGGCCAAGACCACCAUCGUCAACUUUGCUGUCAAGGAACAGGGCCUGGAGGCUCAGCUGCUGGGCAUCGUGGUCCGGAAGGAGCGGCCGGAGCUGGAGGAACAGAAGGAUUCACUGGUCAUCAACAUCGCUGCCGGCAAGAGGAAGCUCAAGGAGCUGGAGGAUGAGAUCCUUCGGCUGCUGAAUGAGGCCACGGGCUCCCUGCUCGACGACGUGCAGCUGGUGAACACCCUUCAUACCUCCAAGAUGACCGCCACCGAGGUGACCGAGCAGCUGGAGACCAGCGAGACCACAGAGAUCAACAUCGACUUGGCCCGCGAGGCUUACCGCCCGUGUGCCCAGAGGGCGUCGGUUCUGUUCUUCGUGCUCAACGACAUGGGCCGCAUCGACCCCAUGUACCAGUUCUCGCUGGACGCCUACAUCAACCUCUUCGUCCUCAGCAUCGACAAGAGCCACCGCAGCAACAAGCUGGAGGACCGCAUCGACUACCUGAACGAGUACCACACCUACGCCGUGUACAGGUACACCUGCCGCACCCUUUUUGAGCGCCACAAGCUACUAUUCAGUUUCCAGAUGUGUGCCAAAAUCCUGGAGACCUCUGGCAAGCUCAACAUGGACGAGUACAACUUCUUUCUCCGCGGGGGUGUGGUCCUGGAUCGCGAGGGCCAGAUGGAUAACCCGUGUACGAGCUGGCUCGCCGACGCCUACUGGGACAACAUCACAGAGCUGGACAAACUGACCAACUUCCACGGGCUCAUGAACUCCUUCGAGCAAUACCCUCGUGACUGGCACCUGUGGUAUACCAGCGCCACCCCGGAGAAGGCCAUGCUGCCAGGCGAGUGGGAAAACGCCUGCAAUGAGAUGCAGCGAAUGCUGAUCGUGCGCUCCCUGCGCCAGGACCGGGUGGCCUUCUGUGUCGCCUCGUUCAUCGUCUCCAACCUCGGCUCCCGCUUCGUGGAGCCGCCCGUGCUCAACAUGAAACUGGUUCUGGAGGAUUCGACCCCACGCACCCCGCUGGUGUUCAUCCUGUCUCCCGGUGUGGACCCCUCCGGCGCCCUGCUCCAGCUGGCGGAGCACAUGGGCAUGGCCCAGCGUUUCCACGCCCUGUCCCUGGGCCAGGGCCAGGCCCCCAUUGCCGCCCGGCUCCUGCGAGAGGGGGUCCUUCAGGGACACUGGGUGUUCCUAGCUAACUGCCACCUGUCGCUGUCUUGGAUGCCCAACCUGGACAAGCUGGUAGAGCGGCUGCAGGUGGAAGAACCUCACCCUUCCUUCCGCCUCUGGCUCAGCUCCAGCCCCCACCCGGACUUCCCCAUCUCCGUCCUGCAGGCCGCCAUCAAGAUGACCACGGAACCGCCAAAGGGCCUAAAGGCCAACAUGACGCGCCUCUACCAGCUGAUGACCGAAUCGCAGUUUUCCCGCUGCUCCAAACCUGCCAAGUAUAAGAAGCUUCUGUUUGCCCUCUGCUUCUUCCAUUCCGUGUUGCUGGAGCGCAAAAAGUUCCUGCAGCUCGGCUGGAACAUCGUCUACGGCUUCAAUGACUCUGACUUUGAGGUGUCGGAGAACUUGCUGAGUCUCUACCUGGAGGAGUACGAGGAGACACCCUGGGAUGCCCUCAAGUACCUCAUCGCCGGCGUCAACUACGGCGGGCACGUCACCGAUGACUGGGACCGGCGGCUGCUCACCACCUACAUCAACGACUAUUUCUGUGACCAGACUCUCUCAACCCCCUUCUACCGGUUGUCAGCACUGGAGACUUACUUCAUCCCCAAAGAUGGGACUCUGGCCUCUUACAAGGAGUACAUCAGCAUGUUGCCCACCAUGGACCCCCCUGAGGCCUUUGGCCAGCACCCCAAUGCGGAUGUGGCCUCCCAGAUCACGGAGGCGCGGACUCUCUUUGAGACUCUGCUGUCCCUGCAACCCCAGAUUACACCCACCAGGGCGGGAGGCCAGAGCCGAGAAGAGAAGGUCCUCGAGCUGGCUGCAGAUGUGAAACAGAAAAUCCCUGAAAUGAUCGACUAUGAGGGGACCCGGAAACUGCUGGCCAUGGACCCCUCCCCCCUCAACGUGGUCCUUCUGCAGGAAAUCCAGAGAUACAACAAGCUUAUGGAGACCAUCCUGUUUUCCCUGACAGAUCUAGAAAAAGGCAUCCAGGGCCUCAUCGUCAUGUCUACAAGCCUGGAAGAGAUUUUCAACUGCAUCUUCGACGCCCAUGUCCCGCCACUCUGGGGGAAGGCGUAUCCCUCACAAAAGCCACUGGCCUCGUGGACACGGGACUUGGCCACACGUGUGGAGCAGUUUGAGCUGUGGGCCAGCCGGGCCCGGCCCCCCGUGAUCUUCUGGCUGUCCGGCUUCACCUUCCCCACCGGCUUCCUCACCGCCGUGCUGCAGGCCUCAGCUCGCCAAAAUAACAUUUCGGUGGACAGCCUCUCCUGGGAGUUUAUUGUUUCCACUGUGGAUGACAGCAACCUCGUGUACCCACCCAAGGACGGCGUGUGGGUCCGGGGCCUGUACCUGGAGGGCGCCGGCUGGGACUGGAAGAACUCCUGCCUGGUGGAGGCGGACCCCAUGCAGCUCGUCUGCCUCAUGCCCACCAUCCACUUCAGGCCGGCAGAAAGCCGAAAGAAGAGCGCCAAGGGCAUGUACUCCUGUCCCUGCUAUUACUAUCCCAACCGGGCAGGCAGCUCAGACCGAGCCUCCUUCGUCAUUGGCAUCGACCUCCGGUCCGGGACCAUGACAUCUGAUCACUGGAUCAAGAGGGGCACCGCUCUACUCAUGAGCCUGGACAACUGAGGAGGCCUCCUCUUCCUCCCCGCUUGAGGGAGGGUCGGGGACUCUAGGGGCCAAGACUGAUAAUGCACUUCGGACCAGGGCCGGACUUAACUCUGGCCUUGGCCGUGGUUGAACGCGCCGCGGGAUGGGGCCCUGGAGAUGGCUAGCCUUUAAUAAAGGUGGAAGGAUUGUCUUGGAGCUCAGAGCAGGAAAACACCCGCAA